UCUCCCGCCCCUCUUUCCCGAACCCCCGGCUGUUAGUGCUGUGUGAGUGCGCGUGUGCUCUGUUGCUCGCCUCGGCACACGUUAUAUAAAAAAUAAAAAAUACAAAAAAAUUUAAAAACUUUUAAAAACUCCAAAAAAUCCUUUAUUUCCUUUAAAACAAGAAUAGGUUAAGCGGGAGAACGAGGCCGAAAGCAUCGCAACCAACCUGAAGAAAUAACGACAGUUUAAAGGGACGUCACUGAGCUUGCAAAGGCCGAGCGGUUUGCUAGAUUCGUCGGAUUUCGGAAUUAUUCGCCAUUUUAUUUUUUUUACCCUGAAUACUACUCAUUUUAAGCGGUUAAAUUGGUCCGUUGAGAUUUUCUUUUAGACUUUUAAAUUUGGUGAAUUGGCGUGUUGAAAUUAGCCGGACAGCUAACAGUAUUCGUACGUAGUUGAGCUCAAGCGCUAGCGCAGAGAAACAAGCGAAAUCCUCCGUGUCUGUACAUUGACAGCGAAAUCAAAAUGAACCCCAGCGCUCCCAGUUACCCCAUGGCCUCGCUGUAUGUGGGUGACCUGCACCAGGACGUGACUGAAGCAAUGCUGUAUGAGAAGUUCAGCCCCGCCGGUGCCAUCCUCUCAAUUCGCGUGUGCAGGGACAUGAUCACGCGCAGAUCGCUCGGUUACGCCUAUGUCAACUUCCAGCAGCCGGCAGACGCUGAACGGGCUUUAGACACUAUGAACUUCGACGUGAUCAAGGGCAGACCUGUCCGCAUCAUGUGGUCUCAGCGUGAUCCCUCUCUGAGGAAGAGCGGUGUUGGGAACAUCUUCAUCAAGAACCUGGACAAGUCUAUCGAUAACAAGGCCCUUUAUGACACCUUUUCUGCUUUCGGCAACAUCUUGUCGUGCAAAGUUGUUUGCGAUGAGAAUGGCUCAAAGGGGUACGGCUUUGUGCACUUUGAGACCCAGGAGGCUGCAGAAAGGGCCAUUGAGAAAAUGAACGGCAUGUUGCUGAAUGACAGAAAAGUGUUUGUAGGACGUUUCAAAUCUCGCAAAGAGAGAGAAGCUGAGCUUGGUGCAAGAGCCAAAGAAUUCACCAAUGUGUAUAUUAAAAACUUUGGAGAAGAUAUGGAUGACGACAAACUCAAGGAUGUCUUCAGCAAAUACGGUGCUGCUAUGAGCAUCCGCGUAAUGACUGAUGAGAACGGAAAAUCCAGAGGCUUCGGUUUUGUGAGUUUUGAGAGGCACGAAGAUGCCCAAAGGGCUGUGGAUGAGAUGAACGGGAAAGAGCUGAACGGGAAGCUCAUCUAUGUGGGUCGCGCUCAGAAAAAGGUGGAGCGCCAAACAGAGCUCAAGCGCAAAUUUGAACAGAUGAAGCAGGACCGCAUGACUCGCUACCAGGGUGUCAAUCUGUAUGUGAAGAACCUGGAUGAUGGCAUAGAUGAUGAGCGCCUUCGUAAAGAGUUUGCUCCCUUUGGUACAAUCACCAGUGCCAAGGUCAUGAUGGACGGCGGCCGCAGUAAAGGCUUCGGUUUUGUCUGUUUCUCUUCCCCUGAAGAAGCCACCAAAGCGGUGACCGAGAUGAACGGCCGCAUCGUGGCCACCAAACCGCUGUAUGUGGCUUUGGCUCAGCGUAAAGAGGAACGACAGGCUCAUCUAACCAACCAGUACAUGCAGAGGAUGGCCAGCGUCCGUGCGGUGCCAAACCCCGUCAUCAAUCCCUACCAGCCUGCUCCUCCAUCAGGCUACUUCAUGACUGCUAUUCCACAAGCCCAGAACAGAGCUGCAUAUUACCCUACCAGUCAGCUCGCCCAGCUCAGACCCAGCCCCCGCUGGGCCACGCAGGGUGUCCGUCCUCAGCACUUCCAGAACAUGCCAGGCACCAUGCGUCCCUCAGCUCCGAGACCUCAGACCUUCAGCACCAUGCGUCCUGCCUCCCAGGUGCCCCGCAUGAUGUCCACACAGCGCGUUGCUACUCAGACUAUGGGUCCACGGCCCACGACUGCUGCGACGGCAGCAGCUGCACCACCAGUGCGGGGCGUACCUCAGUACAAAUAUGCCCCCAGCGUUCGCAACCCUCAGCAGCACAUGAACACACAGCCUCAGGUUACGAUGCAGCAGCCUGCCGUGCACGUGCAAGGACAGGAGCCGCUGACCGCCUCCAUGCUCGCCGCCGCUCCUCCACAGGAACAAAAGCAGAUGCUGGGUGAACGUCUCUUCCCGCUAAUCCAGAACAUGCAUCCCAGCUUGGCUGGCAAGAUCACCGGCAUGCUUCUGGAAAUAGACAACUCCGAGCUUCUCCACAUGCUGGAGUCUCCUGAGUCUUUGCGCUCCAAGGUUGAUGAGGCAGUGGCUGUGCUUCAGGCUCACCAAGCUAAAGAAGCCGCUCAGAAAACCGUGACCAACUCUACUGGUGUGCCAAGCGUCUAAGCCAGGGGUGUGCAGCCUUGAAGUUUCACCGGGAGGAAAAACUAAACAUUGUAAAAAACUAAAACACAGAAAACAUUGUAAAAGAACCUAAAACAAUAUGUAAAAAAGAAACUAGAAAGAGCCAGGUCUAGAGAACAGUAUCCUAGGCCUUGUAAGGUAUUUAAAAAAAAAAAAAAAAUGGAAAAACCGAAAAAUAAAACAUGUUGGGGGUUUUAAAAAAAAAAGUCAUUUGCACAAUAUAAGCAAAACAGCCCUAAAGCAUUCCUGCCUUGUUUUAUUGCUUUUAAAAGUCAUGUUCUUGGGGGCGAGGUAAGAAAUGACUGAGCAAUGUGAAGUUUAUCUUUUAAUUGAAAAUGUGCUUGCUGAAAUAAAAGUUCAUUAAAAGUU